AGUGUUGAGCCGGAACCAUGUAAUACUGCGCGGGGGUGUGCGCUUCACUUCAUGAUAUCCGGACGAAUAAUUAUACGAAUUAAUGUUUAAUUAUUACAACUUUUAACUAUUAAACUGUCGCAUAAUAGGAGCCUGUUGUUCAGUAUAGAGUUUAAUCGUGUGUGUUUGCCACACUGAUCUGAAGCAUCGCUUCGGGUGACCCGCGCGCAGGAGUGGACGCGUCCGCGGAGCUCGGUUCUGCUCGCGAGCUCGCUUCAGUCAAACUGUGAUUUCUGGAAAUCAGCGUUGAUUUCUAGAUUUGAAGAAAUGUGAUAAAUCGGCGGAUCGUGUCGUCGUGAGCGACCGACAGCCGACGCCUCACAGCGGACCGAGCAUGAGCGGAGCGGGCAGUGUGCAGAUGGAGGAUCGCAACAUGUUGCGGCGGAUGGAGAGAGAGAGAAGGAGUCAGGAGGUGCAGCCGGAGGAGACGCAGUAUGACAGAAUCGCUCCUCUCUUCAACAAGCCGUUUAAGAGAAUCAAAGACGACGAGCUGUCGAGUCGCAUCCAGAGGAUGCUGGGUAAUUAUGAGGAUGGAUAUGAUGGACCUGAGGACCCUGCGUUCCCUCAGGCGCAGUCGGGACACACGGAUCGCUCCAGAGCCGUCUCCGGCCCUGCUUCAGGAGAGAGCUGGGACAGUUUCCCGGCCCUGUCCCCCCCGGUGGAGCCGCUGUCCCCUCUGCGGUCCAGCGACUCGGACACCGGUCUGUCUCCGGAGCGCUGCAGGCCGGACGCGCCUCCGCUGACCCUCGCGCUGCCGCUGAACUUGCACAGUAAACUGGCCAACACCAAGAAACCCACAGCGUACGUGAGGCCGAUGGACGGUCCGGAUCAGGUGACCAGCGACUCUCCUGAACUGAAGGCCUCGCUGGAGUCUUACGAGCACCUACAGGACCUGAAGGAGAGCAGCAAACCGAACCUUGCUCCUCUGCAGGCUGCUGAUAUUGUGUCUGGAGUGCGUGUGGAGGACAUUCUGCAGGAAAUGACCUCAUGGCCUCCACUGCUGACCACCAUUUGCUCGCCAACCACAGCCGAGCCGCCCAAGUUCCUCUCCACUAACGAGGAGACACGUGGAUUACCGGUCCUCGAAGCUCAUGAGUCAUCAGACAAAGUUCAGCUGGAAUCUCAAGGCGGUUCCAGCAGCUCCAGUGACUCUGACAGCAGUUCAGACACUGACAGUAAAAAGAGCAGCAGCCCAGAUAAACCAACAGCUCCUGAGACAAUACACACUCAGCCACAGAAAGAAAGUGACUGGCAGCUAGGACGGUGGUUAGAAAGAAGGGGAAACCAGCACAAACAGAACCCUAGGAGCCCAUGUGAUGCCAUCAGGCCGAACUCCCAUGAUUCCUCUGAGAGGACUGAAGCUCCAGGGUCUCAGACUUGCCAUAGUGAGCCAGCUGACGGCAGCAAAGCGUCCGAUCUCAGACAGACUGUGGGGAGCGCGUGUGAGGGUCCGCUGUUAGAAAGCACGUCCACACACAGACCCAAACACAAGAGAAGGAAAACAGCACAUCACACAGAGCAGAAGAGAACGACAGCAGACGACAACAACAACAACAACAGCAAACAAACGCGUCCGCCGCUGCUGGUGAAGAUCGAGCUGAACCUGCUCUCCAGGAUCCCACGGGAGCCCAAAGCAGCUCGGCCUGACGCAGAGAACAGCAGAGCGUCGAGACACAAGAGAGCGAUGGAGAGGGAUGAAACGUCUUCAAAGAAGAAACAGAAACUGGACAAAGAGAGAAAACCGCAGAGCCUCCACCAAUCAGCAGCCGUCGAGAACAGCGACAAGAUGAUGAAGAAGAAGAGUGAGAAACUCAGCUCAGGUCUUCCUCAGGACAGAGACUCAGCCGCGGCUCCUGACGGCCAGCUGAAGAAAGCAGAGACUCAUGGGAAGAAAACUGGCAAGAGCCACAAGGAGCUCCUGGAGAAACGUCCUGCGGCCGAGCCACGAGCGCUGCUGCCCGAUCGCAGGAAACUCUCUGUGGAAGAUCAUUUGAAGGAAGCCAAAAAGCUGAAGCACAAAGCAGAUGCUACGCCGGAUAAGAUGGCUAAAGCGCUGCGCUACCUGGAGGCGGCGCUGUCGUUCACGGAGAGCGCCGAGGCCAUGCAGACGGAGCCGCAGACGCCCAAAUCCGCCUACACCAUGUUCUCGGAGACGGUGGACCUGAUCAGGUUCAUUCUCAAGCUGAAGAACUACACGGACCCGGCGGCCGCCGCUCACGAGAGGGACUUCUGCGUCCUGUGCAUGCGGUGCCAGGCUCUGCUGCAGAUGGCCAUGUUCCGCUCCAGACGAGAGCCGGCGCUCAGACACUCGCGGACGCUCGCCGAUCAUUUCAGAAGCUCGUCGUGGUCUGCGUCUCCCUCCGUGUCUAAGAGCGGCUCGCUGCUCGUUCCUCAGCCGGUCCAGCAGGUGGCGGCGGCGUACGUCAGCAUCACCGCGCUCCUCCUGAGCGCUCACGACGUCUGGGAGCAGGCGGACCAGAUCGCUCUCCGAGGCAGCGGUUUGCUGCGAGAGCUGGAUUCAGCCGUCGGUCCUCUGAGUCUGAUGUCCUCCGUGAGCGCUUUAGUGCGAUACGCUCGGCACGGACUGCACUGGAUCAGACUCGACACGCAGAAGCCACGCUGACCGCCCGAGAGCCCAGGAUGUGGCAGCUUUCAUUUAUUUGCACAAUGAUCAAAUCAAACGAUCAAUCAAUCUUUAACAGCUAAUGACGUGCUUCAGCCGCGGGUCAUUCUGACACUAAACAUGAUGACGGUCUUCCUCUGCACUGAUCGAACUCACGGGACACUGUGUCCACCUUCAAGCCAAAGUCCAGCAGCAUCUCAUGAGUUCAUGUGUGUGUGUGUGUGUGUGUGUGUGUGUGUGUGUGUGUGUGUGUGACAGACAGCAUCAGUUCAAAUGCUUUGUGUGACUGCUGAACAGACAGACACACACACGCACACACACACGCACAGACACACGCGCACACACACACGCGCACACACACAGACACGCGCACACACACAGACAGUCAGCACAGCAAGUGCCUUCAGAUCUGAUCAACUCGAGCAAACACUAAAUAGUGUGAUUACAGUGCAAAUAUGUCAUUUCUAGCUUUUAUAUGGUCAUUUGACCUUUGACCCAUUAGAGAAACUGUGGCAGUCACAGAAACUCAUGCUGCAGUUGUUUGUAUGUACAGCUGAUGGGCCUGGCCUCUGACCUCUGGAGUUUUUCUCAUGAUUCUCUCUUUAAUCUUGAUUUUUGUUGGUCAAUUUUUUUAUUUAUUUUUUAUUUAUUUUUUUUGAGGUGGGGAGGCAUUAUUGUAUUUAUUUGCAUUAGCAGAUAUUUAUUAUUGUUUUUGACCAAGUGCAGAAUUGAUUUUCAGAACAGCACUGAGCCUGUCGAUUGGUCGGGCCGCUUGUUCUUCUAGAUGGUGACGCCUCAUUGGUCCAAUCCUUCGUCACUUUUUAAAUAGAGCACUAAGUAUUUCCUGUCCAUCAGUGUUUCCUUUCUUUCCUGAUCUUGGGUCCAGAGCAGCAGACGUUGAUUGACACUCAAAUGAUGAUUUACUUUCUGCUAACUUUGGAAGAUUAAAGUUCUCUGUCGAAAUGGAAUAUCAGAAUGAAAUUUGUAUUUAUUUUAUAUCCUAUAAUGUGGGAGUUUGGGUUGGUUUUCUACAACUUUAUCAAACUGAUUUGAAUCAGCAAAAGCCUGAUUUGAUUGUUGAUCACCAAAUCUUCACUGAAAGUGGCUUUGUGUGUCACAUUGUGUUCGGAAACAACAACAACAAAAAAGACUGGUUUUUGUGCCUUAUUCCUUGUUUUGUGUGACUGAGUUCAGUUGAUAUUAUUACUGAGAACUCAAGAUCUGUUUUCUCAGGGUCCAUUUGGAUAUGAACUGAAUAAAAUCUUUAUUAUCCUUUA